UCAUGCAGAUUGAUUUUGAAAUUGAAGACCUACAUGAUCUGCCUGGGACCCAGCUCAUCACAUGGCAGGUGGAAUAUCCUGGAGAUACAACAUCUGACCUAGGUGUCUCCAAGAUCUAUGUAAGCCAAAAGGACCUGGUAGGAGUCCUCCCGUUGGCUAUGGAAGCAGAGAUCCUGAAUACGGCAAUCCUCACUGGGAAAACCGUGGCCGUCCCUGUGAAGGUGGUCUCUGUGGAGGACGACGGGACUGUGACUGAUCUUGUAGAGUCUGUGGAGUGCAGGUCAUCUGAUGAAGAUGUGAUUAAGGUUUCUGACAGAUGUGACUAUGUCUUUGUCAACGGGAAGGAAAUGAAAGGCAAAGUGAAUGUCAUCAUUAAUUUUACAUACCAGCAUCUCAGCGCCCCAUUAGAAAUGACAGUUUGGGUUCCUCGUCUCCCGCUGCAGAUAGAGGUCUCUGACACAGAACUAAAUCAGAUCAAGGGGUGGAGGGUUCCCAUCAUCGCUAAUAAGAGACCAGCCCGAGACAGCGAUGAUGAAGAGGAGGACGAGCGGAAGGGACGAGGCUGCGCCCUCCAAUACCAGCAUGCCAUGGUGCGGGUCCUAACACAGUUUGUAGCUGAGCCCUCAGACCCAGGCGGGCAGCUGAGCUAUUUGCUGGGCUCUGACUGGCAGCUUGAUAUCACGGACCUGGUGAGUGACUUCAUGCAAGUGGAGGAGCCAAGAAUCGCUAAGCUGCAAGGAGGGCAGGUGUUGAUCGGACAGGAACUUGGAAUGACAACGAUUCAGAUCCUGUCUCCUCUUUCGGAUGCCAUCUUGGCUGAGAAGACUGUGACGGUCCUGGAUGAGAAGGUGACGAUCACAGACCUGGGAGUCCAGCUGGUAACUGGACUGUCCCUCUCCCUGCAGCUCAGCCCAGGAAGCAAUAAGGCCAUCUUUGCCACAGCAGUAGCACAGGAGCUUCUUCAGUCCCCGAAGCAGGAGGCAGCCAUCAGCUGCUGGAUCCAGUUCAGUGAUGGAGCCGUUAUGCCCCUGGAUAUUUAUGAUGCCAAAGACUUCUCCCUGACAGCUACGUCUCUGGAUGAGAAGGUGGUCUCCAUUCAUCAUGACCCUAAAUUCAAAUGGCCUGUGAUCGCCGCCGAGACAGAAGGCCAGGGGGCCCUGGUGAAAGUGGAGAUGGUGAUCAGCGAGUCGUGCCAGAAAUCCAAGAGGAAGAGGACAAGCGAUGCCAACCCGAACAUCAGUGACAGCAGGCUUGGCGGGGCUGGCGUCCACCUGGAAAACCAUGCAAGUGACCGGCGUCAGAAAAGCACGCUGCAGGAACGAGGUAGGUCAGACGGGCAAUAUUAUAGCAGCUCCUCGGUGGGCCGAGAGGAAGGCAAAAGGACCUCCACUGACCAGUCUAUUUUAAACAGAAAAGAUGACAGAGAAAGUCUUCUGGAUGAUGACAGCCACCUGCAGAACAUCCCAAUAGACUUCACCAGCUUCCCCGCACAGGUGGACCUGCCACGAAACAACGGGGACUUGGAGGAGAAUGACCUUGUCCAGACACCCAGGGGGCUCAGUGAUCUGGAGAUAGGAAUGUAUGCUUUGUUGGGGGUCUUCUGCCUGGCUAUCCUCGUCUUCCUGAUCAACUGUGUCACCUUUGCUUUGAAGUACAGGCACAAGCAGGUCCCCUUUGAAGAACAAGAAGGCAUGAGCCACUCUCAUGACUGGGUUGGGCUGAGCAACAGGACAGAGCUUCUGGAGAAUCACAUUAACUUCUCAUCCCAACAGGAUGAACGCAUUACAGCCAUUGACAGAGGGGUGGACUUUGAAGAGAGCAAGUAUCUCCUCAACACAAAUGCCCCCAAAAAUGUUAAUGGCCAGGUCUUCAGGUCACCAGAGUCUGCGUUCACUGACGGGAAGGAGCAGAAGAGCGAACCGACCACCUCUCCUACCUCCAAGAGGAAACGAGUUAAAUUCACCACCUUUACCACCAUUUCCUCUGACGAUGGGUGCCCUACUGUCAACUCCAUCCUGAUGAGCAGUGAGGAUGAUAUUAAAUGGGUUUGCCAGGAUAUGGACCUUGGGGAGUGCAAAGAACUAAAAAACUAUAUGGAGAGAUUACAUGAAAAUGUGUAACGACAGACUAAGGACAUUUUGUUCUUUUGUUUUUCACUCACCUUCUGCCUUUAAUUUUUGGGUGUCGGGGCAAAAACGAAUGCAUUUGCAAACAAGAAUCAACGGAUGAAUAAUAGCUCAAUGGAGCCCCAGAAAGCCACCCAAAACCAGCUGGGAGAGCAGAAAUCGGAGACGUCUCAUAUAAUUCAAGUCUUCUCUGCGCUCCGAGACUUUGGAGUGAGAGAUGGUGAGGUCCCUGCUGCAUGGCAACAUGGAAAAAAAAAAAAAAGACUUAGCAAAAUAAUAAGAUCUCAUUCUCUGAGCUUUCCCAGGAAAUCGAUAAAAAUAACAAACUCCAACGCAGUUUGGAUAUUACAAAGCUCACAUGGCUCUAAUGUUCGAUAUUGCACGCUGUGGUUAAAAGCAAAAAUUGGGCUUGGAAUAAAUAGAUCCGUGAAAAGAAGUAUGUCAUUCAAGUCAGAAGCAGAGAACAUCAAUCCGAGAAUGUUAAUUUAAAGCUGACAAACAAUUGCAGCGUGAGCAAAGCAGCUACUGUAGUUGUAAAGUGAUGAGUUUCCAAAGAAUUAAAGGGGGAGAAAAAAAAGACUGGGUUGUUUACAGACCAGCGUGAUCACUUCCCAAGCACUGAGAAUGGAUACACAUAUUCAAUUAAAACUGAAAUUCUCUUUUUAAGUAGAUGCCAAGUUAAUAAACUUUGCUGGCCACUUUUCAGUAUUUCUUAAUUUGUAAAAUAGGAGAAGGUAUCAUCUAUAAUCAACAUGCCGCUUAUAUAAAAGAAGGUUUGUUCUAGAAAGGUUUGAGUGAACCAAGAUGUUUUUAAGAAGCCCACUUUAUCUGGAUUCCCUGUUUAAAUUUGUAUUCCCAGUCGUAUUUCUGGAGCACUCUCAUUUGCUACCCUGGGGGCACUUAUUAGCAUCCGUCUGAUUUGGAAGUUUGAUAGCUUUUCCCUUUCCUUACAACCACACGUACUUCCAUGCAGCCUACUUCCACCAAGCACAGAAGCCAUUGGUACUAAAUUGGUAGUCACUUUACAUGUUGCCAGUUACCAAAGUUGGCCGCUGUCUCUUGGGUAAGUGUAACUUGUGCUGAAUUCAGAUACCAACACUGACUUGCUCUUUGAUCUG